CACUGCCAGCUUUCCCCUGGUACAACCACCACAGGUACCUCGCCAACAGCCAAUCGGAGCCUGACCAGCAUGCUGCCGGCACCCAGAAGGACCCACCUAAGAAACACUCAAUCUUUCCCCCUCUGGACACACAGAGCUGCACCUCCCCUGAAAAAUGGCCUCAUUCUCCGUCCAAGACAUCACACCCACACGCUUCACACCGAUUUGCUGUCCCGUCCCACCUCCUGGCUUCCGGCCCUCCUGCCCGGAUGAGACAGACCCAUCUGCAGGUCCACCCCAGGUCCCCAUUGACUGGCCAGGCAAAGGUCAAGGAUGAGGUUAAGAGGCCAGAGACUGCAUCGUCUGAGGAAUUGUCUGAGGAAGUUCAACGGAGAGGAGCAGAAAUUGCAAGCAUGUAUAAAGCACAGCUGAAAGAGAGGAUGGCCCAAAAGAGAAAGGAAGAGAUUCUGAAGAAAAUGGCAAACAGCAAUGACAAGAACGAUGACACUGAGGCCUCCUGCUCCUCUGCAGUAAAACGAUCUAAUACCCCUCCCACAGCCCCCGAGCGCCCGGCCAGCCCAGAGGCCACGCCAGUGGCCGCCCGAGAGGACACUCAGGAGGACACCCAGCAGGACCUGGCAGAGGUUGUGAAUGUGCUCAAGAGGCAAUCAUCUGAUCUAUACCUGCCUGACGAGGUUUGUGAGGAGUCACUCACAUGGAAAUCCAUUUACGAGGAGCUGUGCCCGCUCGCUCACAGAGUGAACACAGAAGCUGACUACAUCAAGGCGCUCCGCGUCAUCACUGAGAAUGCUGUGACUCCCUCGUGCUCGUCUGAGGAUGAUGUAUCUCAGAGUGUGAGUGAGGACACAAGUCAGGAGGGGAGUAGUGAAAGUGAGGAGAGCAUGAGUGGACAACAGCAGAGAUGUCUACACAGGGAUCCUUAUGGUAAGAGGGACAGGAAGGAGAUUGAUAGUGGUAAAAUGGAAGGGAGAUUUGCAACCGCCAAUGCAAUGUCUAUGAUGGCGAGCCGAGGGAUAGAUGAACUUAAUGCCAUGAGCUACGCAGACAGGAUCAAAUAUUUCAAGUAUGAGGCUAAGAGAAAUGAAGAGAUGAUGAAGAUUGAAAGGAGGAAGGAAAAAGCCAGGGACGAAGAGCUCAAAAAGUGGGAAAAGAGGCAGAAGAAAUUGAAUGAGGAGGAAAGGAAAAGGACAGAAAAUAUGGAAAAAAACAAGUUAGAGGAGCAGAGGAAAAGGGAGAAGGCAGAGAUGAAACUAAAGAUUGAACAUGAGAAAAAGAGACAAGAGCAAGAGAAAAAGAGAGAGAAAAAAGAAAGAAAGCAGCAGGAGAUGCAACAAAAGGCCCGUGCAAAAGAAGAGAAAAAGAGGGCAGAGGAAGAGAAAAAGAUGGAGAAACAGAGAAUGGAGGAGGAGAGGAACAGGGAAAAGGAGAGAAUGAAGGUGUUGGAGAUGCAGCAAAAGGCACGAGAGAAAGAAGAGAAGAGGAGGAAAGAGGAACAGAAAAGGAGAUUGAAGAUACAGCAGGAACAAGAGAAGGAGGAACAGAAAAGGCAGACAAGGAUACGGGACGAGGAUAAGAAGAGAGCAGAGCUUCAAAGAAUAAAAGAUCACGAGGCCAGGUUCAAAAUGGAGAUGGAGAAACUGUAUGAGAGAGAAGAGAGGAAUGCACAGAUUGAAAGAGAAAAGAGGCGUGCGCUGUGUCAGAAAAAAGGACAGACACAGAGAGCAAAACAGGUGGUGGCAUACGAGGUCACAGCGUCUACAUCUGACGCCUCUGUGCGGAGGGAAGAGAGGGAGCAACGUCCAGAGACCGCUCACGCACAGUCUGCAAAGAGGAGAACAAGGAAGAAGCAGAAGAAAGCGGCGGACGAGGCAUCGACAACUUUUCAGUAGAUGACAAAAGAAAGGGAGCAGACAAAAGAAGAAAUGUACAAGUCAAUGCUCCUAGUUAUGUUGAUAGAUGUAAAUAAACAACAAAUUAGUUUGUUUUAAAGAGUAAAAACAAUCA